AUGCAGCUGCAUCUAAACCCAUCAAAUUACUUUGACAAAGGGCAAUACUUGUUGGCCGACUCUACGUAUGAGCUGAGCCAUACAGUGAUACCUGCUUACAAGUUAACUGCAGCUAACAUCACGAUCAACUUGCAAUUCAACUAUUGCUUGGCAAAGGCUAGGGUUCGAAACAAACAUACAAUUGGCGUCCUCAAGUCUCGAUGGAGCUCAUUGCGGGAGAUGCGGUUACAUCUGUAUCGUCGUCAGCAUAUGAGUGCAUAUGUUGCUUGGCUGUACAGUUGUAGAAUACUUCAAAAUAUCCUUGCAGGUCUUGGUGAUCAGUGGGCUGAGCUCGAUGACCACGAGUCGUUACCACCUGAUGAUGAUUCAGAUGAAGACAAUAUUGACGAAAGUGCGGAAGAUUUCAGAGACCGCUUGACUAUAAAUUGUGUAUGCUACAACAUGUACCAGAGGGGGAUUUUGUAG